AUGCAGCUCAAAGGUGCAGCUGAAAGGUGGGGGAGGGUGCUAAUCUCAGAAUAUCUCUACGCUAAGCUCGAUGAAUUUCACAAGAUCAUUCAAAGCGGAGAGGUCGCUAUAAUCGAUUUCUGGGCGACAUGGUGUGGACCUUGCCGAGUGAUUUCACCUGUUUUCGAGAAGUUUUCGGGUACCGAUGAAUUCAGCGGACUCAAGUUCUACAAAGUCGAUGUCGAUGAACAGCAGGAAAUUUCUGAGGAAGUCGGUAUAAAAGCGAUGUCAAGCUUCAUGGCCUUUCACAAUGGGGUAAAGGUUGAGGAGCUUGUUGGGGCCAAUUCCCAGGUUUACAACAGCUUCUGA